CAACUUUUGGGUCAUUAACAGAUUUUUUCACAAUCAUCUGCGAUGGAACAACCAAUUUGGCUCAAGUCUCCGCCAUGCACGCGCCUUACCUGUUCACUCGUUUUCACAUGAAACAUGAUUUCCUUGACCUCGGUUGUUUGCUUGGCAGCCUUGUGCACCACCUUUGCAACUGCAGAGGGCCCGAGCUCGUGCGAUGAGUCCAGCAUGCUUCAAAGAGCAACUCGUGAAGAUAAGCAGCCUGGCUGCGGCUGGGACGUCGGGCGCCCCCAAGAUUACAGCAUCAAAGAGAUGAUUCAAGCGCAUGCAGAUGUCAAUGAAACUGAAAUAAAUUCAUAUCAUAUCACCAACAGACGCUGGCUGCGUGCACGGUUCAUGACUAGACCUACGUCUUGUCCACCGGCGGAUGGUGCUAUUCCACGGCCAACCAGUCACUGAUCAGCAAGGAUGAUAUUCGGUCGGCCAAGAUUAUUUCCCGCCACAACGGCACGUGCUCUUUGACGAGGGCCUCGCGAAGGCCAUGUCCCAGUUGCUCUUCAAAGAUGGUGACUCCGUGACAGAUUUGGGGGCUGGCGUUGGACAAGCAGGACAUGCCCUUCGCGCAAAGCUCCCAAAGCUUGACUACCGUGGCUGUGAUGGAACUGGGAAUGUGGAAGACUAUACACAAGGGUUUAUGAAGUUUGCAGAUUUGACAUUCCGCAUGCCUCUGGAAGUUUCCGAUUGGGUGUUGUCCUUGGGAGUUGGGGAGCAUAUCCUACAUGAGUUUGAAAAGGAGGUCAUUCGGAAUUUCCACGUUCUGAACCGCAAAGGUGUGCUUUUGAGCUGGGCAAGUCUCAAGCAAGGCGGAUUCAACCAUGUGAAUUGCCACUUGCAAGUGUACCUCCGCAAAAUUCUUGCGGCCCUUGGCUACGAAUAUGACAAUGCUACGUCUAAAGCGUUUCGCCAAUCGACAGUCGUAUUGUGGUUCCAGGAAAAUCUGAUGGUUUUCCGACGCAAGUCACUGAUUGAUGCAUGAAACUACACUCGGGAAAAAGGGCUCUGUUGGAAGCUGGACCAUGCGAAUAUGGAUUUCUGGGUUUGAAGCACG